CUGCAGAUAGCAGAUACAUCAGGUGUCAGUUCAGCUUAGCCAAAACAUCAUUUUAGCAAACCGGCAAUUACCAGUUUCCCCCAGUCACCAAUUUAAACCUCAAAAAACCACCUUAAAGCUCACACAAAACACUCACAAAAAAACAAAAACGAAGAAGAAGAUGAUGAAGGGAGAUGUAGAUAAUGAAGGAGAAGAAAAACAAGGAGUGAGUCUUGAAGAACUGAAGGAAAAAAUGGCUGAUUUUGCUAAAGAAAGAGAUUGGGAUCAGUUUCAUACUCCAAGAAAUCUUCUUUUAGCACUGGUGGGUGAAGUCGGAGAACUGUCUGAAAUAUUUCAGUGGAAAGGUGAGGUCCCAAGAGGUAUACCAAAUUGGGAAGAGAAAGAGAAGUUGCAUUUAGGUGAAGAGCUAUCAGAUGUAUUGCUUUAUCUUGUCAGGCUUUCAGAUAUUUGUGGCAUUGAUCUUGGUAAUGCUGCACUAAGAAAACUGGCACUUAAUGCCAUUAAAUACCCUAUUAGCCUUUCCAAAGGUUCAUCCAAAAAGCUUACUCUUUUGAGCAAAAAUACAACAACAACCUCCACCAACAUUAACAAUGCGAGUGAAAAUGGAGUGAAUGAUGAUAGUGUAUGAUCUUCUUUGAUUUCCUUUGUGUAGGGUUCUUUAUUGUUUCUUAGACUUGCUAUGACAACCUACUAGUUUUUGUGGUAAAAGGGUAUAUAGACAUGUAGUGUUGAUUUGAUGUAACAUGCACCAAGUCAAUUAACUUCUGCCUUUUCUGGCUUGUUUGGUUUUU